AUGCCGCUAUUCCUACCGGAAUUUCAUCAAGAAAUACAAGCCAAGUUUUUGGACAGAGUCAUUCCCGAGUUGAAAGAAGAUUCAAUCAAUUUGGCUAAUUAUGAAGUAAUUGAUGACUUGUUAUCCUUUCUUGAGUUACCACUGGAUCCACCACUCAUCCCAUCAGAAGAUAUUUUCCACUUAUUGUUGACAGUAUCUUCAAGAAGCUCAAGCUGCAACUGGUCUUCGGCUCCGUCGAAAUCCAAGUAUGGUUUAGUGGAGACACAAGAACAACUAUUAGCACUAAAACAUAGCGACCAGUUGUUGCAUAAAUCAAGCCUAACUGAUCGUUGUAUCAUCAUAUUGGAAAAAUACAAAAACCUUGUUUACGAUGGGAAUCAAGGGGUAUAUAGGGCAUUACAACAGACAAUAAAUCAGUUGGUGACGAAAGAAAGUAGCCGGAAACGAGCAUCGAGCAUCAGUUCAAUGUUGAAGCCAACAGGAGAGUCACCAGUACCAGAACUUAAAGAGGAGAGAAAUUCCAGAAAGAGGCGACAGACAGAGAAACAGUACAGAGAGGGCAGUGAUGAUACUUUGAUUGUGAUUAGUGAUUCCGAGGAAGAUUAUAACGAUCCCGAAUUUACACUACCGCAAGUUGGAAAACAAGAAAGUGAUGAAGCGUCCAAGGAAUCGAGUCUAACCAAUGGAACAUCAUACGAGACUUGGGAUGGCUUGCGUGUUUUUGAUGAACCUUUGCUAAAGGACCAAUUUCGCAUAAGCGAUGGCAAGUUUGGUCUUUGGGAUUUGGUAAAUUGGUGUUUUUAUUGUGCAGGGUUAUCUACAGCUUACUAUCCCCAAAUUGUCUCAUACAGUCACACAAUUUACGAGGCACAGGCUACUACCUUACUCUUCAUCUUCAAUAUAAUCGAGUACAACUUGGUAGAUGCGUUGAAAGAAAUAUUUAAAGAUCAAGAUUCAUAUGUAGCACUUUUCAAUGGCCCCAAGGAUAAAAAUAAGCUUGCUAGCCUACAAGUGGAGGAUAAUUCAAGUAUACUUUUGCUGAGGCUACUAAAGUCGUUGGGCUAUUUACAAAGUCAAUGGUACGAUAGAGUUGUUGAAUUUGUAUUUAAUGGAUUGGAUAGGCUACCCCCUUUUCCUAAAACUUGCUAUCAACAUGAAAGCAUAUUGGUACGAAAGGAGUUCAAUAGAAAGCAAAGAAACACAUCUUCUAGCGCUGAGUUCAAUUUCGGUAGCGAUAAUAUGAAUUCUAUGCUAUUGAGAUUCAAAAUUUGUGCUAUCGUAUACUACUGGAGUUUAGUCUUUGAUAAGAGGGUAUUUUCUGGCAAGUCAUUUGGUCGUAACUUAGCAACACAUUUAGAGCCUUCAGAGUUGGUAAAGCUAAUAUGCGACAAAUUCAGCAAGAUUGAUUAUCGGUACUUAAGCGAAUUCUACUAUUCGCUAUUGUCGGAAUCGGCGAUUCCAAACAAGUAUAAACUGCUAUUUUUGAUGAAUGUGGCAACUCGAUUGUUAAAAAAUAUGAUCGGUUCAUCUGAGAGUGUCAGUUUUGAGCUCGACAACUUUUUACGUGCUGGAGAGGGGAACAAUCAGGUGCAUAACUUAGAUAUGAUCUUGUCCUGGAUCACUGAACCAUCAAUAUACGCUCAACUAACAGAGGAUGAGUCGUGGACUGCGUUUGAAAAUUUUUACCAAUCUUGGAUGAAGAUGAAUUUUCUUCUUGAAUGGGCUUUGUCGCUGACAUUGUGUGAUUUGAAACACACGGGGAACAUGAUGUACAAAGACUCCAUAAUUUAUGAAAAAGUAAAAGCUGCAGAUCGUUUGAGGGAAAUAGCCUUUCAAGAGUUUCUCGUUUUCAGUUCAAAGCCUCUUGAUGAAUCAAAUCUCAACUUUAAUUUGGAUCAAGGUUUUGUUGAUCUGGUCAACAGGGACAUGAUGACUUGGGAACCAUUCACAUUGAUACUAUCGAACUACUUAUAA